AUGGGAAAUAGCGUGCCAACCAAUAUUCCUAGCGAAAAUAUCGUUGGGUAUCAAGUCAUUUCUGUUGCUCCUCAUUCUCCUGCCGAAAAGGCUGGUUUAUGUCCGUAUUUCGAUUUCAUUCUCUCGAUGGAUGAUAUUGAUCUUUCCAUAGAAGAUCGGCAAUUUUUUCUCACCUACAUUUCGAGAAGUUUAAAUCAACCUUUGAAAAUGACCGUGUUUAGUUUAAAAACUAUGAAGCAACGUCUUGUAACAGUCAUUCCAAGACAAGAUUGGAAUAUUACAAAUUUUAAUGAUGGUGAAGCAAACAACAACAAUGAAAUAUCAGCACAUUCUACAUCAGAAUCCAAAAAGGAUGGCUCUGACUCAUCACAAAACACUGCUACUAGUAAUAUUACCAAUAAGAGCAUGUGCUUAGGUUGCUCGAUCAGAUAUGAAUCUGUGAAGAAUGCACUUAAUUGUGUGUGGCAUGUCAUCGGAGUGCAACCAAACUCACCAGCAGAUAGAGCUUCUAUUCACGGAGAUGGAACUGACUACAUUGUUGGCUUCGAUAACCGAUUAUUUUCUGAACCUAAUGAGCUCACUGAGCUUUUGAGCUAUUAUCAAGGAUCAAUGUCUUCUUCAUCAAUUUAUUUAUCACUUUAUGUUUAUAAUUGGAGGUUGGAUUCAUUUAGGCAUGUUGUUGUAAAUAUGAGUGAAAAGGGUCAUUUGGGAAUUGAGUUAGGAACGGGGUAUCUUCAUAUUAUUCCACCACCGUUAUCAACUAGCACAGUAACAUCGUUUCAACAUUUAUCACUAGUAUCGAAUCAGAAUAAUGGAUUGCAUUUGCAUUCAUCAACAUUACCUCUCUCAACAAUUGAAAAGGUACAUUCAUUUUCUAAUGAACCUGCAGUUGAAUCCAACUUUUCUCUACGGGAAGAAGAAGACUAUGUGGUUGUGCAACAUCAUCAUCCAGCUGAUUCUUCAGAACAAGCAACAUCCAAACCAUCAUCACCAAUGCAAUCAACAAGCACAGAUAAAACAAACAACCCCAGUAACAGUAUGGACAUCACCACUGUUCAUGCAACGACAUCAGACAUGACAACAACACCGCAAAGCUCAAGCCCACAGGGUGCUGUGUUCUAUCAACCCUCACCCACCACUCCCUCUCUUACAGAACGCUCUACCACAAUUUCAUUUUCUCUUCCUUCUUCCAGCAUAACAAGCGCUUCCACGACUCAUCAAGCUCAACAACUUUACUCAAUUCCUUCAGAAGAAAAGAAUUCUACGACGAGGAAAGUCGAAACUUUGAACAUUAACAUUGCUUCUUACAACCCUUUUGCUCCUGUUGAUGGUAACGAAGAAUUAUCACUGGGAGACAUUAUUGGAGAGCACGAAUAG